UGGCUAUGGAGCUUCAGUAAACUGAUAAACCUUUCAGUAUUCAAAUGUUUAACAGCUCCUUGCCAUAGCCAAUCUUGUCUUUCUCAAGCACCACCAGUAGGUACGUAAAAAGCCCAUCUAUCUGUUUUCCUGCUACAAUAUCUGCUUCUCUCACAAGCAAUUCCAGAAACAACAGUUCUGCAAAACUCAUUCUCUUUCUGAUAACUUAAAUCUAGUUGCUUAAAGUUCAUUGUUUUAUUGAUAAUUUCUCUUCUAUGGCUUUGUUGAUGCUAGGCUAUUCAAGCACUUGCUGUAGUAGUAUCAGUUAUAAUAGCUUUGCUUUUACUUAUAGUAGGUUAUCUGGUUUAAACCAUGAAAACGGUUCGUUAGGAGGACCAAAAGUUAGGAAUUUGAAGAUUUUGCCUUGUGGGUCUAUGGUAAAUUGGAAAAAACAUAAGAAGAAACAAGUGGGUUUUUGUGGUUAUGUAACAAAAAGCUUGAAUCAGGUGACGGUUGUGAAGGGGAAGCCAAGGAAUAGGUUAACCUCUGAGGGAGUUAUAGGGGAGUUGAAGUCGUUUUCAGACCUGAAUUCUGCUCUUUCGUAUUUUAAGUCAUUGGCGGAGUUGCCCUAUGUUGUUCACACUACUGAAACGUGUAAUUACAUGCUUGAAGUUUUAAGGAUUCAUGGCAGAAUUGAAGAUAUGGCUGUUGUAUUUGAUUUGAUGCAAAAGCAAAUCAUAAUUAGGGAUUUGGGUACUUAUUUGACCAUAUUUAAGGGUCUUUGUAUAAAGGGUGGUAUUCGACUUGCACCAUUGGCACUUGAAAAGAUGAGGGAAACUGGGAUUAUUUUGAAUGCUUACUCGUACAACGGAUUGAUCCAUUUGAUACUUCAAUCUGGGUUUUUUAGGGAGGCUUUGGUGGUGUAUAGAAGGAUGGUCUCAGAAGGUAUUAAGCCUAGUCUGAAGACUUAUUCUGCUCUCAUGGUGGCGUCAGGGAAGAGGAGGGAUAUUGAAACAGUAAUGCAUUUAUUAGAAGAGAUGGAGAGCUUGGGAUUGCGACCUAAUAUUUACACAUUUACCAUAUGCAUUAGAAUUCUUGGGAGGGCUGGGAAAAUUGAUGAGGCAUAUGGGAUCUUGAAGAGAAUGGAUGAAGAGGGAUGUGGACCUGAUGUUGUAACUUAUACUGUUCUGAUUGAUGCCCUUUGUAAUGCUGAGAGACUUGAUCAGGCUAAGGAAAUUUUCUUGAAGAUGAAAGCUAGCAGUCACAAGCCUGAUCGAGUAACCUACAUUACUUUGUUGGACAAGUUCAGUUAUUGUGGUGACAUGGAUGCAGUAAAAGAAUUUUGGAGUCAAAUGGAAGCUGAUGGUUAUGCUCCAGAUGUAGUUACUUUCACCAUACUUGUGGAUGCUUUAUGCAAAGCUGGGGAUGUUGACAAAGCCUUUGGUAUGUUAGAUGCCAUGAAAAAGGAAGGGGUCUUGCCAAAUCUUCAUACUUACAACACUUUGAUUAGUGGACUUUUGAGGCUGCACAGGUUAGAAGAGGCAUUAGAACUUUUCAGUAAUAUGGAACCUCUUGGUGUCCGACCUACUGCUUAUACGUACAUCCUUUUCAUCGACUAUUAUGGAAAGUCUGCUGAUCCUGGCAAAGCUCUUGAGACUUUUGAGAAGAUGAAAAGUAGAGGUAUUGUUCCAAAUAUUGUUGCUUGCAAUGCAUCUUUGUAUAGUCUUGCUGAAGCUGGUAGGCUUGGAGAAGCUAAAACCAUGUUCAACUGGCUUAAGCACAGUGGACUUGCUCCAGAUUCAGUAACCUAUAACAUGAUGAUGAAGUGCUAUAGUAAGGUGGGGCAAGUAGAUGAAGCCAUUAAGUUACUCUCUGAGAUGAUGGAAAAUGGAUGUGACAUUGAUGUAAUUGUAAUUAAUUCAUUGAUUGAUUCACUUUACAAGGCUGACCGAGUGGGUGAGGCAUGGCAAAUGUUUUGUAGAAUGAAGGAUAUGAAGCUUGCUCCUUCAGUUGUGACUUAUAAUACACUACUCGCUGGACUAGGGAAAGAGGGUAAAGUCCAAAAGGCUAUUGAAUUGUUUGAUGGUAUGGUGGAUCAUGGCUGUUUUCCCGAUACAAUAACUUUCAACACACUUCUGGACUGCCUCUGCAAGAAUGAUGAGGUUGAUCUCGCCUUGAAAACACUUUGUAAAAUGACAGCAAUGAGUUGUAGCCCUGAUGUUCUGACUUACAAUACUAUCAUUUAUGGUUUAGUGAAAGAACAAAGAGUUAAUGAUGCCAUAUGGUUCUUCCAUCAGAUGAAGAAAUGGCUCUACCCGGAUUAUAUAACUUUGUUUACCCUUAUUCCUGGUGUUGUGAAGGAUGGGCGGAUUGAGGAUGCUCUAAAAAUCACUGAGCAUUUCGUUUAUCAGGUUGGGAUUCACACUGGAAGUAAUUUUUGGAAAGAUUUGAUCGGAGGGAUCUUGACUGCAGCUGGAACAGACAAAGCCGUUUUAUUUGCUGAAAAAUUGGUUUUCAGCAGGCUUUGCCAGAAUGACUCUGCACUGGUACCUAUAAUAAAGAGUUUGUGUUGGCAGAAGAAAUCCCUUGUUGCUAAAGAUGUAUUUGUGAAGUUCACCAAAAAUCUGGGAGUUAUGCCAACACUAGAAACAUAUAAUUAUUUGAUUAAUGGGCUUCUUGAAGUCCAUGCCCCUGAAAUAGCAGUGAAUCUUUUCAAGGAGAUGAAAGACGCUGGUUGUGCCCCUGACGUUUCUACCUACAACUUGUUACUUGAUGCUUAUGGGAAGUCUGGGGAAAUCAAUGAACUUUUUAAGUUGUAUGAAGAGAUGCCUUCUAGGAGGUGCAAGCCUAACACCGUAACUCACAAUAUUGUUAUAUCGGGUCUUGUGAAAUCUAAUAGUGUGGAUAAAGCUAUGGAUUUAUAUUAUGAUCUCGUAAGUAGUGAUUUCACUCCCACACCAUGUACAUAUGGCCCUCUUAUAGAUGGACUUUCAAAGUCAGGAAGAUUGGAAGAAGCAAAAAAGUUGUUCAAGGAGAUGGUAGACUAUGGAUGCAAGCCUAACUGUGCAGUGUAUAACAUUCUUAUAAAUGGAUUUGGGAAAAUAGGUGAUGUUGAAACAGCUUGUGAGUUGUUUAAACAGAUGGUUAAAGAGGGAAUAAGACCAGACUUGAAGUCCUACACUGUUCUUGUUGAUUGCCUUUGCAUAUCAGGUAGAGUGGAUGAUGCUCUGCACUAUUUUGAGGAACUAAAGCUCAGUGGCCUUGAUCCUGACUCAUUUUCAUACAACUUUAUGAUCAGCGGGCUUGGAAGAUCGGGGAGGAUCGAAGAAGCUCUCUCUCUCUUUGAUGAAAUGCAGAAUAGAGGCAUUAGUCCUGAUCUUUACACUUACAAUUCCUUGAUACUCAGUCUUGGCAGUGUUGGAAUGGUGGAGGAAGCAGGGAAAUUGUAUGAAGAACUGCAACACGUAGGUCUUGAACCUAAUGUGUUCACAUAUAAUGCUCUCAUUCGAGGGUGUAGUAAGUCAGGAAAUCCCGACUCUGCCUAUGCAGUCUACAAGAAGAUGAUGGUUGGAGGAUGUAGCCCCAACCCCGGAACAUUUGCUCAGCUUCCUAAUCAAUCUUGACGGAGCUGGGAUCCUCAGAGAGCCAGUAGUUGUAAAUAUUAUUGACAUCAAAACUGCCGCAGCAACUAAGCUAAUACUUUAGCAGUUCAGGAUCUAUCCUUGCCACAGCAGAUUCAGCCAACUUUGUGCUUACAUUCAGGCAAAGACAGUAAGCCACUGUCCAUAAGAAACUGUAAAUAUUUACUAGCCGUGUGCAUUUUGUAUGUUUGUGUAAUGUUAAUACAAGUGAAUUCGUUAA